GUGAUAUUUCGGUCGCAGACUUCCACCUGCUUUACUUACACCACAUCCCUAUACUACCUGUCUCCACGCUGCCAAUAUGUUCGCCAAACCACGCCCGAAAAAGUCAAUACUUCCGCCGCCCUCAAAGAAGCGCAAGGCAACACACACCGUUGAGGAGAUCAGCUUUGACGACAAUGCGAGACAAGAAUAUCUGACUGGGUUCCACAAGAGGAAGGUCCAGAGGCAGAAGCACGCACAGGAGGAGGCUGCCAAGAGGGCGAGGGAGGAGAAAAUUGAGUUCCGCAAACAGCUGCGAGAAGACAGGAAGAAGCAGGUCGAGGAGCAUGUCAAGAACAUCGAGGCUAUCAUGAAGGGGUCCAAGGUAGCCGGCCUGGGCUCGGACCAAGAAGGCUCUGAAACUGGUGACUCGGACAAGGACGGAGACGAAUGGAACGGAUUCGAUGAGGCCCCAGAGGCGCCAGCCCUGGAGCCUGUGGAUCAUGAAGAGGAAUACAUCGAUGAGGAUCUCUAUACAACUGUCAAAGUGGAGGCAGUCAGUGUGGACAGAGACGGCCUGCACAACAAAUCAGAACUGGAGGCUGCAGGUGAGGACAGCGAUGAAGACAGUAAAGCAGACGGCGCAGAGUCCAAGCCUGCCAAUGCCAAGGAUGCAACGUCGAGUAAAGGCCGGAAAGACGCCCCCAAGAAGAAAAAGAAGAAAUUCAGGUACGAGACAAAAGUCGUCAGGCAGCUGGAGAAUCGGAAAAACAAGGCGAGGAAGUCAAGAGGUUAGGGUAUGGCGAUGUGCAACCUCCGAGAUUAGAAUAUUGGACACCACAGUUUUGAUACCCACACAACAAGGUCACAAGGAUGUCGAGAACAUCAACAAAUUCCAUU